AUGAUAUUCAGAGGCGGUUAUGCUUGGUGGGUGUCACGUGAUUCUACUAAGAUGACGCACUGGGGUGGAGCAUCACCUGGCAGUAGUAAGUGCGCAUGCGGGAUGAACAACUCAUGUGCAGACUCCCAGUAUGGCUGUAACUGUGAUAAGAAUGACCCAGUUUGGCGUGAGGACAGCGGUCUCCUCACUGACAAGACACAUCUUCCAGUAAAGCAGCUCGUGCAUGGUGAUGCAUCAGGAAUUGGCGACAGCUACCACCAAGGAUACCAUACUCUUGGAAAACUAAGGUGUUAUGGUACAGCAUAA